CAGGUCGCUCAAUGAGUCUUCAUUCGCUGGCCCAGUUUGUUGUCGCGCGCUCGUGGUGGUUCCUCACUCACUCGUCGUCCGUUUUAUUUUCGUGGUGUCGCAUAUAUUUAGUAAAUAUUUUGUUGUUGAUAUUUAUAGUUGGGACAUUUCUCUCUCUCUCAGUGAUUUUUGUUUGAUUUGAAGCUAAAUGGCAGCCAAAGACCGCCUGCCUAUAUUUCCCUCACGCGGGGCCCAAACUCUGAUGAAAUCACGCCUGGCGGGCGCCACCAAGGGUCAUGGUUUGCUCAAAAAAAAAGCAGAUGCUUUACAGAUGCGCUUCCGCUUGAUUCUGGGAAAGAUUGUAGAGACCAAAAGCCUAAUGGGUCAGGUGAUGAAGGAGGCCGCCUUCUCGCUGGCCGAGGUCAAGUUCACCACCGGCGACAUCAAUCAAAUUGUUUUGCAAAAUGUGACCAAGGCUCAGAUCAAAAUUCGUACCAAAAAGGACAAUGUGGCUGGUGUGACUCUGCCUGUUUUUGAGCCAUAUAUGGAUGGUGUGGAUACCUACGAGCUGGCCGGUUUGGCACGCGGCGGUCAGCAGCUGGCCAAGCUCAAGAAGAACUAUCAGUGUGCCGUGAGACUCCUCGUGGAACUGGCCUCGCUGCAAACCUCCUUUGUGACCCUCGAUGAUGUGAUCAAGGUGACCAAUCGGCGGGUCAAUGCCAUCGAGCAUGUGAUCAUACCCCGCAUCAAUCUCACUAUUGAGUACAUCAUCAGCGAACUGGAUGAGCUGGAGCGUGAGGAGUUCUAUCGGCUGAAGAAGAUCCAGGAUAAGAAGCGUGAGGCUCGAAAAACGGCGGACAAGAGAAGGGAGGAACUGCGUCGACAGGGUCAAUUGGCUGAGGAGGCCAAGGAGGUGCAGAAUAUCCUAGAUGAGGAUGGUGAUGAGGAUUUGCUCUUCUAGACCGAUCAAGGUCACGAUCACGAUCACGAAGACCUUGCUGAUGAUGAUAAUAGUAUCCCAUCCUGUUUCCACUUUGCACUCAACUUUACUACCUCACCUUUGUCCACCUCGUUGUCGUUGUUGUUGUUGUUGUUGUUGUCUGUUGCCGUCUAUGUUGUCGUUGCUAUCGUUAUCGUUGUUUAUUGUGAUCCGGCUGAUGUUCUUGGAAAUACAAUCCCUAUCCGUAA